GUCAAACACGCAGUCGCUUCCUGGUUACAGGGGGACUGCCGUGGAACAUUUCCGGGAGUGAUGGUCAGUGACUCGAGUUCGGUCGCGCAGGUCGCUGAAGGAUCAUGCUGAUUCUCAUCUCACGGUUAUUAUUUAUGGCGGCGAUGUGGCAUGUGGCAAACGGGAAGACACCUCUGCCAUAUGAAUCAGCUGGAACAUGUAAUAAUGCAUCCUCCGAAUAUUACGUCAAACAGCAGAAACUGUGCUGCAGUAGAUGCAAACCAGGGACUCACCUGGUGACUAAGUGCACUAGUAAUUCGGACACCAUCUGUGAACCCUGCCAAGAUGGAAAUUACGCAGAAACAAUUAACCAUUUUCCCAACUGUUUCUCUUGUCGAAAGUGUAAAGAUGGGAAAGGACUGAUUUAUGGCAGAUACUGCUCUGCUGAUACCAACGCUGUUUGCAUUUGCAAGCCUGGAAUGUACUGUUCUAAACUUAAUUAUGAAGAAGAAUGUGAGGAAUGUAAAAAAUAUAGACCCUGCAAACCGGGUGAAUAUGUCGCCGAUCAAGGCUCACCUAGAUCUGAUGUCAAGUGUGCAUCGUGUCCACCUGGAAAGUUUUCAAACCACAGUAAUGCUGAGCAGUGUGAACCACACACAGAAUGUGAAGGCAGGUCAGUUUUAAGACUUGGCAACUCUACAACUGACACAGUGUGUGAGAUGACGUCACCACCACCAACAACAACAACAACAACGACGGCUCCUCUUCGGAGUUCAUCCAAGCAUCCUCAGCCAAAACAACAGCAUGAAUUAUCGAAUCAAACAAAGGAACCACAGCACAUAGAUACAACCUUCACCACAUCUCUGUCUCCACCGAGCAGCGUGGCACCAAGCACAUUAACAAUACCCAAUGAAAUUCGGCCCCCUGACACAAAAGACAUGAUCUACUACUUUGUCAUUGUUGCUUGCGUGCUGGUUUUGCUGACGUUGCUGGCAGUGAUGGUGAUUAUCGCUUGCAAGUUACGAAAGAGGAACGGUUUACAAAGGUAUCAUAUCACAGAUGCCAACAAGCUGGAGCAGGAUGCCUCAGCGAGCAGCACGCCUGACUGUCAGCACCUGUUACCCAUCGACAGGUGCCAGAAGGAGCCGUCCAUGACUUCAUCGGACAGCCAGAGUCAGCCAGACUCCGGUCACAGCAGCGCUGACUGGCUGGAGCGCACCAGCCAGGAGUCCAUACCAGAGCAGCCAUCUGUCUCCAGCCCCAUGGUCAACCUCAGCAUCACGGCCACCCUCACCUGCCAGCUGAACCCGACGACAGCGUGCUGCUCCAUCCCUCUCAACACAUCCGCACGGACACCCCAUGUUGAAGCUCCGGUGCCGCUUUCUCAAGAAGAGGUCUGUAUAUCCUGCCAGCAAGAGGACGGUAAAGAAGCUCUGCAGUCAGUGCAGGAGAGCGGCUCGUGUGUCUUCUGAUUGGACUGAUCAAAUAUAUAUGUUUUAGAAAUGCAAUGCGAUGUUAAACAGUAAAAAAAAAAAAAAAAGACAUGCAUUGCAUUAUUUCAAAAAUAAUUAUAUCACCUUAAAAUAAAAAUUGCUGGCUCUCCAAGAUGUAGAUGAGUUUGUUUGAAAUGUAGCAUUGCAUCACUUGGCUCAGCAUUGGAUCCUGUGCAGUGAAUGGGUGCCGUCAGAAUGAGAGUCCAAUUUGUGAGCAAGUGAUGUCAUAAUAUUUUUUUCCAAAUGUGGCCCAAUGAAAAACAAACUCAUCUUUAUCUUUAACGGCCUGAUGAAUUAAUUUUCAGCAUUUUUUUUUUAUUUUGGGGUGAACUAUUCCUUUAAUGUGUAAGUCUGACAUGUAAAACAGACUGAUAUGUAAGCUCACGUAUUACUGAAGGGCUAAUUGGUGUUUUUCUCCAUCCUCCAAGAGCAGGUGGGUUGAAGGCAGAUUUAGUUUUGUUUCAAAUAAAUUGCACAUAAUUGCUGGCACUUCUUAAAAAGUAAUAAUUUGCAUUAGAUUUUAUGCCAAAAGUCUAUUCACCAAACUCACCAAGUAUGUUAAGUUGACAGUACUGAUAACUGUUGGCCCUAUUGACAUAUUGGUAGACCACUAAUGCAAAUUGUUUUUAUUAGUGAACUUUUAUUGUAAAGUGACAUGAUUACUAUCUCUCUUCAGUAAUUAUCAUUAACAUUUGAUAAGGACAAAGUUUUUACACCUCACUGAUGAGACUAAAUCAAUGAUAUUUCCAUAUGCUGUAUAGAUAUAUGAAGCUAACGCCACCCAGUGGUUGUUAACUGGGCUCCAUGUGUUCUCCUGUCAUACUGUUUAUCUUUUCAUACUGUCAUAUCAUUUAUAGACUCACUGAAUGUGUUUUGUGGGAUUAUGUGAGAUGAAUGAAUGAGUACAGACUUAUAUUACUGCACAGGUUGUCCAACACUUUUAGAUGUUAUAUAUCUAAAAAUAUUGUAUUUCUUAUAUAUUAUAUCUGAAGAUAUUACAAUGGACAAUCAACAUGUUGUAUAUAUUAAAUUGCCAAGUAUAUUUUCAAAUGUUAUGGUAGAAUAUGUAUAUACUUGUAUUUUUUUUUUAUGUUUUUCAACUUGUAAAUUAAUAGUUUUUUGUAAAAAAUUUGUAUAUGCACUUUUAUAAAGCACAGUUCUAUUCACAAUUGUCUAUAUU